AUGCAGGGUGGGUUUGAUGGGCUAAUGAAAGCGAAGAAGCCAGCGAAGGCCACCACGGCGGCAGAAACUUUAAGCGCAGCGGCGUUGCUGCCAUCCUCGGCAGAACCAGGCCCCUCAGCUGCAACGUCAUCGGCGGGAGAGGGCGCAGGAGCACUGAAAUUCAUGUCGUCGGCAUCGCUGACCGGGGCGGGUGGGGCCGAAGGCUCCUCCUUGGCAGGAGCGGAAGCUGUCGGAGGAGAGGAUGAAGAAGUGGGUGCUGAAGCCUUGGGAGGUGAAGCCUUGGGAGAUGAAGCUGAUGCUGAAGCCUGGGGAGAUGAAGAUGGUGCCGAAGCCUUGGGAGAUGAAGCUGGUGCCGAGGAUGAAGAAGUGGGUGGUGCAGCCUUGGGAGAUGAAGCCGGUGCCGUGGGAGAUGAAGUUGGAGCGUCAGGUGAAGAAGAUGGUGCGUCGGGUGAUGAAGAUGGUGCGUCGGGUGAUGAAGAUGGUGCCUUGGGUGAUGAUGAUGAUGGGGCUGGUGCUGACUCGGGAGACUGCGAGGGAGCUUCGCUGGCCAUGGCCACGCCCACGACGGCUACUAGGAGGAGAGCGGCGACGAAGGCGUGA